AUGAUUGUCUCGCGCUCUGGAAAGGUUGUGGAUGUCUGUGGCUAUGAUCCUUCCACCACUAGCCGCCAACUUGAGGUUGUCACUGCUGCUAUUGCAUACGAUCGACCAACCACCGGUGAAACCAUCAUCCUCGUCCUCCAUCAAGCCAUCCAUGUCCCGAAUAUGGACCACCAUCUUUUGAGCACAAUGCAAUCACGGACAAACGAUGUUACCAUUAAUGACCGCCCAAAAUUCCUUACUGCCUGCCCCAAUGACAACGACCACUGCAUCCUUGCCCCAUCUGACGAUCCCGACGAUAUUACCCGCCUCCCGCUACGCAUCCACGGCACCAUUUCCUAUCUCAAUGUCCGCAAGCCCACCGCCGCCGAAUUUGCCAACUGCGAACAUGUCUCCCUCACCGCCGACGCACCAGACUGGGACCCCCGCACCACCAAAUACCAACUUGUUGAAGACUCUCUGGUCGACAAUGCCGGAAGACUGCUGGAGAGAGGGGACCUGAAAGACCGACACUUCAUUUCACCGCUCUAUUCUGAACUCUCCACCAAUAAUCCACGCAUCAUCUCCGAAACCGUUUCCCAAGAACAUGCUAUCCUACACAAAAUUGAUCCCAGAUUGAACGACCAUCACUUCUCACAACAGCUGAGUGACAUGGUUCAAAUCUCUUCUGUUCGGUCCGCAUACAAAGGCCCUGCAGUUGACGCGAUCAAGCUAGCACGCAACUGGGGGAUUGGGAUCGAAGCACCCACAAAGACAAUCCAAGCAACUACCCAACGAGGAGCUAGGACUAUACUGCACCCAUCCCUGACCAGGAGACGACCAACAAACGAUCGCUUCAUCCGACUCCGACGAUUAAAUCACAACCUAUAUGGCGAUCUGAUGAAAGCCGAUGUGAAGUCCAAGAGAAUGAAUGAAUACGCACAUAUUUUUGGUGCAGACAAUGGCUGGUGCCGGGCCCAUCCACUUCGAACAAAAGGACAAGCACCUGAAGUGCUAUCCACCUUAUUCAACAGGGACGGCGUUCCACCGGCCUUGAUAGUUGAUGGAGCAAAGGAGUUUGUCAGUGGGGACUAUAAGAAACGUGUCCAACAAGCUGGAUGUGACCUCCGCACGACGGAGCCAUAUUCACCAUGGCAAAACACUGCUGAAGGCACAAUCAGGGAGCUGAAGAAAGACACUGCACGCGUCAUGCUCCGUACUGGAACGCCAAAGAGGCUAUGGGAUGAUUGUUUGGAACAUCGGGCCUACAUCCGAUCUCACACUGCCCUUAACAUAUACAACUUGGAUGGGGAGGUGCCGGAGACUGUUAUGACUGGACAGACUGCAAAUAUUGGUCCAUGGUGUGAUUUUCAAUGGUAUCAAUGGGUAAAAUACUACGAUGAGACCGCAAAAUUCCCUGAUGAUAAGAUGUCCCUUGGACGAUACUUGGGACCAAGCCCUGGAAUCGGAUCCCUCUUGACUGGAAAGAUACUUAAGAACAACGGGAACUACCACCACACCUCCACCUUCAGAGCCCUAACAUCCGAAGAAAUGGCUGACGACGCCAAGAAACGCCUACAUAAUGACUUCAAUACCUAUGUGAAUGACAAGUUGGGUGACAAGGCAAAGCCUGAAGAUCUCAGUGAGGACGAUCUCACCCCUACAUAUGACCGUUAUGAGGAUGAUUCUGGAGAAGGAUUGGAUCUGUUGCCUGACAGGGAUGAGCAGCAGCACGACUACUAUGAUCGAUACCUCAAUGCUGAAGUGCUGCUUGCUAGAGGGGACAAGAUGGUGACUGGAAAGGUCACUGGACGAAAGAGGGAAGCAGACGGAAAUCUGAGAGGAAAUGGGCAUGCUGUCCCAAUGCUGGACACUCGCACAUAUACCGUUGAAUUCCCUGAUGAGGCCAAAGCCACUUAUGCAGCAAACGUACUUGCUGAGGGAAUGUACCUGCAAUGUGAUGAGAACAGCAAUCAAUUCCUCCUGCUCGACUCCAUCAUUGACCAAAAGACAGAGAAGACUGCAAUCCAACCUGGCAACAACAGAUUCCGAUACCAUGGACGACUUGUCCAGAAACGUACAACAAAAGGAUGGCAGCUUUGUGUCCAAUGGAAGGACGGUACCACUACUUGGGAGCUACUGUCUGAUCUCAAGGAAUCUUUCCCCAGUGAGGUUGCUGAGUAUUCCGUCGCAACUGGAAUAGAUCACCUACCUGCAUUCAAGUGGUGGGUUCCAUACAUCUUGAAGAAACGAAAUGCAAUCAUUGCCAAAGUCAGGAGCCGAUACCACAAGCGAACACACAAAUUUGGCAUCAGAGUUCCCAAAACAGUCCAAGAAGCCCGUGAACUUGAUCAAAUCAAUGGCAACAACUUGUGGGAACAGGCCCUUUUGAAGGAGAUGAGCAAUGUUCGUGUGGCUUUCAAGAUGCUCAACAAGGAAGACAAAGCACCAGUUGGGCACACCAAAAACAAGUGCCAUAUCGUUUUUGAUGUCAAAAUGGAAACACUCCGCCGGAAAUGCCGACUGGUUGCUGGUGGCCACAUGACUGAGGCACCAUGUCCUAGCGUAACUUACUCGAGCGUUGUAUCUCGUGAAUCUGUCCGAAUUGCUCUAACACUUGCCGCUUUAAAUGCAUUGGAAGUCAAAGCUGCUGACAUCCAGAAUGCCUACUUGACAGCGCCUCUCGUCAGUGAAAAGAUUUGGACAGUGUGUGGCCCUGAAUUUGGGAAGGACAAAGGCCGCAAAGCUUUUGUUGUACGCGCAUUAUAUGGAUUACGGGCCGCUAGGCAUGACUACAGAACAUUCCUCUCGGAGUAUAUGCAAAAUCUGGGAUGGAAACCUUGCUUGGCCGACCCUAACGUAUAUUACAUGCCAAUGACAAGACCUGACGAUGGCUUUGAAUACAACUACGCCUACGCACUCCUCUACAUUGACGACAUAUUAAUAAUCCACCACGAUGCUAUGGGAGCGCUCAAGAAAAUCGACUAG